CACAACAUAAACAUCUGCAACGAUGAAUUUCAAAAUUUCUUUAACGUCUCUACGAUUUCUUCCAUAUUUCUUGUAGUUUGUGGGUCGCCUUUUGGUUAGGGUUUCUGGAAUUUUGAGAUCUAAUUGUGUGCAACGAUGCCAGUAAACCUCACGCGCAAGCGAUUGCGGCAAUCAAUGGCGGAGAUGUCAACUCGAAGCUGCUGGUUCAGGUGCUGGAUAUCAAGCUCAGAGGGAGCACUCAGGAGAGGUACCGCCUCAUCCUCUCCGACUCCGUGUCGACUCAGCAGGUGAUGCUCGCUACUCAGCUCAACGAUCGAGUCAGGACUGGCCAAUUCAAGAAGGGAUCUAUUGUCCAGUUGAUCGAUUACAUUUGCAGCACCGUUCAGAAUCGGAGGUAAGUAUACCGUGUCUAUCUGGUGCUUGAUUAUUUAACUAUUCUUAAACUAAUGACUUGCGCUGUUUGUUAUGAUAAACUUUAUUAUCAUUGUAUGUUGUGCAUUUGAUUUAGUAGACAGAUUUUCGAAAAUCAAAUGUGAGUUAACGU